AUGUCACUCGAAUCGCAUUAUCCGUCCAACUGUCCAUUCUGUCGUAUCAGCGAAGCCUAUCCCGCAUCCCCCGAUACGCCCAUACCCUCGAAUCCCGAUCCAUCCCUGGUUGAUCCCAAUGCCUUUAUCGUUCUGUCGUCUGACCAUGUGCUUGCCUUUCUGGACAUCCUGCCCAUGACCACCGGACACGUCUUGCUUACCACCCGCGUGCAUCACGAGAAACUCAAUCAAGUGCCCAUCGGGCCCACUGCCCAAGCCCUGGGAUACUGGAUGCCACUAAUGUCGCGGGCACUUGCCAAGACACUCGAUGUCGAAGAUUGGAAUGUCGUGCAGAACAACGGGAUACGUGCCGCUCAGGUCGUGCCUCAUGUACAUUUCCACUUCAUUCCCAGAUACUCCGAAGGCCGCCAACCACCGUCUAAGAAGACCAAGCGUGACACGUUCGAGAUCAAGAGCUGGAAAAUGUUUGGCAGAGGUCAAAGAGAAGAAUUGGACGAGGAAGAGGCGCUUGUGCUGGCUCAAAAGAUUCGAGAAGCUCUGAAACAUGAAGUCGACGCUCUGGAACAGGACACUGUCAAGCUAUGA